CAGCUUUGGGAAUGUCAACGAUCAUUUUUUAUAUACAACUUUUGUAUUCCAUUUAUUGCAGAGUGGAUAUUACAUAGUGGUGGAAAACUGCUCUGAUUCACAUUUUAGAAUAACAAAAUGGGUCAGUUAUUUUGCUGCAUAAAAGUGGAUCAGUCGACAGUGGGCAUGGCAGAGAGAUUUGGAAAGUUUCAGGGAGUUCUGGAGCCAGGGUGUCACUGUGUGCCAUGGGUUUUUGGAACCCAAAUCAGAGGUCAUCUUUCUUUAAGAUUACAGAAACUGGAUAUCCGUUGUGAAACAAAAACCAAGGAUAAUGUUUUUGUGACUGUAGUGGCCUCUGUUCAAUACCGUGCCCUUGCAGAAAAGGCCAGUGAAGCCUUUUAUAAGCUGAGUGAUACAAGGGGACAGAUUCAGGCUUAUGUAUUUGAUGUUGUCCGUUCAAGUGUUCCAAAGAUGAUUUUGGAUGAUGUCUUUGAGCAAAAGAGUGAGAUUGCUAAAGCUGUUGAAGAUGAACUUGAAAAGGCAAUGUCAAACUAUGGAUUUGAGAUAGUUCAAACACUUAUUGUGGAUGUAGAACCUGAUGAGCAUGUGAAGAGAGCAAUGAAUGAAAUAAAUGCAGCUGCAAGAAUGAGGGUAGCAACACAAGAAAAAGCAGAGGCAGAGAAAAUUUUACAAAUCAAGAGAGCAGAAGGGGAAGCAGAAUCAAAAUAUCUGUCAGGUCUUGGCAUUGCUAGGCAAAGGCAAGCAAUUGUGGAUGGGCUGAGAGAGAGUGUAAUUGCUUUUUCAGGGAAUGUGCCUGGGACAAGUGCAAAGGAUGUGAUGGAUAUGGUGUUAGUGACACAGUAUUUUGACACAAUGAAAGAUAUUGGAGCACAUUCAAAGUCUUCAGCAGUGUUCAUACCCCAUGGACCUGGUGCAGUUCGUGAUGUUGCUCAGCAGAUCAGAGAUGGACUGCUUCAGGGAUCACAUGCUUCUCAUCAGUAACUGUCCUAUUCUCCUCUCAACAAAACCAGGAAACAAGCAACAAUAAUAAAUUUUAUGGACAGGAUAAUAGUGUUUUUAGGAUUUCAAAAACAUGGUUCCAAGCUUAUUUUUAAUGUCAAUAUGCAUGUUUUUUAAGUGCUUUUACAAUUAUUG